AUGCGAAGCACUUUGGCACUAUCAAAUAAUAAAGAUGAGAAAUCAGACAAUACUCUGAAGCAAUCAUCUGCACAUAGUCAAUUAUAUAAUAUAAAGUUUGAUUAUGAUGCUUUCUUGCCUACCUUUCGUCAGCUUUGUAAUAAACACAGUGUCAUGUCGACACACGAUGAAAAAUUUGUGAAAAAUUCUUAUAGAAAGGUCGUUUCUAGGAAAUUACAAUCCAGCUUAUUGGAAGUAUCUUCGUCUUCAGUUCAGCUUUUGAUAAUGGAACAGCCAAUCCAGCGUGCGGUUAGUUCAUUAGAAUACCUGAAUGGGUUUUUCAGCCCAAGAACGUAG